AGAUGAGAGGCAUCGUAAGUUCGUAACUUGCAGACCAAACAAGUUGUUCUUUUGUUACGAGGCGGCACAGCCAGCGUCAAGUGCCAUGCCCUUGACCUUUGGAAGCAUUCUUUCCUUUAGUUCAUCUCCAUUCGGCGCUUUUGUUUUAUUUUUCACUUCACCCGAGGGUGCAAGUAGGGCACAUAAUUUUGGGUUUGAAACGAAGUACAACUCAAGUCAUAAGCACCAUUUGGCUUGUUCCAAGUAAACUAAACUGGCUCCCGCAUCACUAAAAUAGCUUCGAAUCUCUCCCUACAUCGAAGCCACUUUGGCAUAGGGGAUUGUAUCUUUCACGAAAGGAUCCACCUUUCUUCAUGCAAAUCCACCAUUGGAUUACCCAUCGGCUGCUUUGGACAUGUGCAAGCGGGUGAAUGAUAAAGUUCAGAAUGCUUUAAAAUCUAUGAGAUGCGUGAUUCAACGGUGGAUUCGUGAGCCCUAUCCGCCACUUGAGACAUUUUUAUCUAAAUUGGAGUGCUGCGGAAACUUGCUGUAGCUCCACUCCAGGCCAAUCAAAUACUCAAAAUAGGCUCCUCCUGACAUGAAGUAGGUUCAUAUAUCAGUUACAGACAACCAAAUCAACCUUAAGCAGAUUCAUUUGACCAACCCAGCUAAUCCCUCAACAAGUCAUAGAGCAAAUACAAUCUAUUAUACAGACACAUUCAUGGAUUUUGAAUAGUUUGAAUCAAGCUCGAAUUUGUGUCAAUUUGUCCGGUUCAUAGUUUUUCAUGAUAUUUCCUAUUCUGUGUUCAUCUAUUGCAAGUUGUUCUAGUUUUCACAUUCAUGACUAUAAUUUCGAUUUUAAUCUUGCAGUCAUGUGAUGUUCUGGUAUGCCCCAUAAUCUGAUUGCGAUACAGCAUAAGACCACCAUAGAUCAAAGCGUUUUCAAUCACUCUGGGCUGAUGUCAUCACUGGUAUCUGGCGAGCUUUUUGUCAAAAAAUUCACGGGCCAGCUAUGGCAGCGGUAGAGGGGCUGCAGUUACAUCCACCAUCCAGACCUUCAGCCGCUCACCCGAAAUAAAGAGGGAGAGGAUGGAAACUGCUGGAUUCCAAGCUUCUAUUGAGAAAGACCAAGAAAGCAGUAAAUGAUAUCAAUUCAUUUUAAUCAUAUUGCGCAAAACCAGCUGAAGAACUUGUUAAUCGAAUCAAAACUACAGGAAACUGCAAAAAAAAAAAAAUCUCUUUAUGGACGUACUUCACAAAUACUAGUACGAGAAAUAUUUGAGAGAGAAUAUAUGGGGUUGGACCUAUCCGGUACAAGACCUUGAUUGAGAGCAGAAAAACACAGAUACUCUAAAUCCCCCAACUUUGUCCAUUUGGUGGAUUUUUGCACUUUCUCCAGCAUGACCUUAAUGAGCUCUUAUCAGUAAAGCAAACGGUUGCUCCCUCAGAAAGGGUACUUACAAGAUAACAAGAAAAGCUGCUGCUCAGAAUGGUAAUCCACAUCAAUAAAUGAGUCCCUUUUCAAGCCUUGGUUCAUAAAUCUGUUAAGACUCAAAAUCAACAAGAGAAGUACUAAAAGUCAAGAAUAUAAUCCUAACUUGUCUAAUAAUGCAUAAGUUAGGCUCACUUCAAAGAAAAAGCUUGUUCAAGCUUAAUGAGGAAGAUACAUGUGCUGUGCUCACAAAGAGUGGAACAGAAUCGAUUCCAUGAAAAGGGAAGCCAUUGUGCAAUGGGUAUGGACCAAAUUCACUUUCCUAUCUAAAUCGAAUAUUUCUGAGCAUGUAUGGAACAGCACAUUGUUCCUCAUCCACCAAUUAAAGUACAAAGUUAUCUCUUUUGCCUAACUUAUAGGAUAACAUCAUGGAUAGAUUUAAACUAUCAGUAUUAGAGAAUACUUUUAAGUUUUCCCAUAUGCAAUAUCCGAGACACAUGAAUAAGUUUGAUGAUUUUGUCAAAGGGAAUUUGAAGCCAGAGAAGAUGGUAUUAGAAACAGAUAGUCGUCGUCAUUCAAAAUACCACUUCUCUGUUAUACAUUCCGAAGAGAAGAAAAGAAGAAAAAGUUAAUACUGCACUAAAUAUUUAGUUCCCCUCUCGCACAUCAAGAAUCUACUUUAUCACGAUAGCAAACUCUCACGUGGUGGAAUCAGUGUUGAGUUACCUUUUGACUUCUUUGUCUCAGUGGAUAUCUAGUUUGCAGCUAUAUAAUCCCUUGCCUAAGUUUUGGAUGUAUCAGACGGAGGGAUUUCUAAGACUACAAACUCAUUUCCAUGGCUUCUAGUUUUGUUCCUGAUGUAUGGGGAUGGAUCAGUAACCUUCCCGCAAUCACCCAAUGGAACACAAAUGUCAUGUCUCUUUGCAUCUGUACCAUAGGAUCAACACAUCCCUCUAUGAAUCUCUCAGUCACCAGAAGCUCCCAAAGCCAAAACCCAUAUGUCUCCUUCUCUAUCUAUGCAGAUUUUAAUAUGCCGAUCCCCCUCUGGACAUCCAGUCCUAUUCACCUGAAAAACAAAACUCAGCCUUCUAUAGAAGAAGAAGAUGUCCUCCAUCUCUUCUUUGAUAUCAUCAAUGGCGUUCUUAUGUAUGGUCCCGUUAAGAAAACUUCAUUCAGAUUCCCUGCAGUAGAAACCACAGAAGAUUUCAGAGAUGUGUUCAAUCUAGCAUUCCUCACACUUGCUUUCCUCAUCUGCAUCUAUGAAGCCCCUAACAACCUUCGCCAGGGAUGCCUGGACACUUUGCGGAUUCAAUUAACCUCCUCAAGGUGCAGAGAAGCAUCAAAGCUUCUCGUGCGGGUCCUCGGAUCCAACCUCGAAGAGCAGUGGAUGAGAUCCUUAAACCUUGCCAUAACAAACUGGAUUCAAGAGUUUCAACCUUUCAAUCACUCAUUCAAAACACCUUCACCUCUGUUUUCAUAUGCUUUCUCCGCUAGUGGGCUAUGGAAAGUGCAGUUAUAUUGCCCAAUCAUUGCCAUGAGCAUUGAAAAUCCUACUGCUGCAACUCAGGAUGAACGUCUGCUCUUUUCUUUGAAGUACCAACAGCUUGAAGGGGUGAUCCAACUCGCUUACAAGGUCAUCAUACGGGAAAACUGGAUUGAUGUGGUGGUGAAUGUGGACAACGUAAGAUGCGAUGUGAACCCACUGGUAUCUGAAACUCUAAUGGCUGAACGAGGCUAUGGGACUGAGGAGAAACACUUUCCAUCUCGUAUAUCUUUGCGACUCACACCAACCCUGCAGUCUGAUGUGAUGUCAGUUUCAGUAAGCAAAUCUUCUGACAAUCCAAUUCAUGAAGUUGGCCUCGAGAAGACCCUUGAAGGCUCAUUUGAUCCCCCAAAUUCUUAUUUGGGUUUCAAAGUUUCAGCCACAGAAACUGUCACUAUGAGCAUGAAACCAUGGAAAUUUGAACAAUCAGCACAUGGUGGUAGUGCAAUUUUGAAUUGGUUUCUUCGCGAUGGGGUGCACGGCAGAGAGGUUUUCUCUUCCAAGCCUUCAAAAUUGUCAUUACUUCAACCAAGGACAUGGUUUAGAGACCGCUACUCUAGUGCCUACAGGCCCUUUACAAAACGAGGAGGAGUAAUCUUUGCAGGAGAUGAGUAUGGAGAGAGUGUGUGGUGGAAGGUGUGUGGAGGAGCCUUAGGGAAGAAAAUGGAGUGGGAAAUCAAAGGCUGGAUUUGGUUAACCUACUGGCCCAACAGACAAAGAACCUUCUACAGCGAAACAAGGAGGUUGGAGUUCAGAGAAAUGCUCUAUCUUCCCCUUCCAAAAGUAGCAUAGGAUCACGAUCCAUGACACUCAUCUGUGUCUAAACAGCAAGAGUGUGUUGCUAUCAUGUAUAUUUGUGCUUAGACAAUGAUCUGUAUGGUUGUAAUGCAUGAACUAUGAAAUUACGCAUCACCAUUAUACUUGUUAAA